AGGGUAAACACUUAAUUAUGCGACGACACAGCAUUCUUCAACAAGUUGCUGCCAUCAUGCCUCGUGAAAUCAAGGAAAUUAAAGACUUUCUCCUCACUGCAAGACGCAAAGAUGCUAAAUCUGUUAAAAUCAUGAAAAAGAAGGAUGAAUCUGUCAAGUUUAAAGUACGAUGCAGCCGAUACUUGUAUACAUUAACUGUUCAAGAUAAAGAAAAAGCUGAGAAGCUAAAACAGUCCUUGCCACCAGGUCUGCAAGUAAAAGACAUCAAGUCAUAGAAUACGGAAUACAUUAAAAUAAAAAUUGA